CGUCCCCGCUCUUUUCUCCGUAUUCAAGGUGCGGUCGAGGAACAGGUGCGUUGGGAACCUGGAGAGAAGCGCUUACACUAUAUAUUACAAUCUACUUACGAUUUGUUGAUAAAACGCCCAGGAAUUACACGACAGAUACGUUUUGUCAGAAGAACCGAAGUUUAUCGUUCGUGCCUUGAGAGCAGGUGGACGUCGGCAAUUAGCAGACAUCGUUUCAGGUAGUGAAGAGGAGAGAAGACAAGAUGGCCAACUCGGGUAUGCAGAUACUGGGCUUCGCCCUGACGCUUUUGGGCGUCAUUGGAUUGAUAGUUGGUACAAUUAUGCCGCAGUGGAAAAUGUCUGCGUAUGUCGGGGACAACAUUAUUACAGCGGUGGCCAUGUACGAGGGACUGUGGAUGUCCUGUGCCUUUCAAAGCACAGGCCAAAUCCAGUGCAAGGUCUAUGACUCCAUCCUUCAGCUGAACAGUGCUCUCCAGGCAACCCGCGCCCUCAUGAUUGUCAGUAUCAUUGUAACGGUGGCUGGCCUGGGCGCAGCCUGCAUGGGAAUGAAGUGCACCAACUGCGGCGGAGAUGACAAGCAGCGCAAGUCCCGAAUUGCUAUGACUGGUGGCAUCAUCAUCCUAGUUGGAGCUCUGUCUGCCAUCGUUGCCUGCGCUUGGUACACCCACGACAUCGUCCAGGCCUUCUACAACCCUUUUACUCCUGUCAACACCAAGUACGAGUUUGGGUCUGCCAUCUUCAUCGCCUGGGCUGGAGCCUUCCUGGCUUUAGUGGGAGGCGGGAUGCUCGCUGCUUCGUGCCCAGGAGGAAAGGCGGCCACGCCAAAGUAUCCCAUCUCCAGGCCACCUAGCAGCAAGGAGUACGUUUGAGUAGAACAGGAACAGGAACAGGAACCAACACUAGAGGGCUGACGAACACUUUGACAUUCACGCUCGCCUAGCUGAGAUCGAAAUGUUGAAGAGAUUUAUUUCAGGAGGCUUUUUUUUUUGUAUUUUAGUUUGUUCAGAGCUACCCUGUGAUGUUACUGUAACGUUUUUAUUAUUUUAACGUACGCAUUAAAGUUUUAAUUAUUAGCAGUUUACUCGUACAACUGUGCUACUGGCCUUGACUGGAACUGGAGAGUGGUGUACAACCCACUUGGUUGACACUUGUAAAGCACUCAAAUACAACACGAGUCAUCACCUUCACAACCAAAUCUUGUUGCGCCUUGAGAUUAGGAAACUUGAAGAAUGACAAUUAGUAACCAAAUGCGUGUGUGAGGUUAAGAGAUAACUAAAAAUUGUAAUUUGACGUCAUUUGACAACUUUCUGUCCGUGGCUGCAACAAGUGGAGUCACAUCACCUGAUUGUAAAUCUUUUCUUGUUUGUUCCCUAUUUAUAUGAACAAAUUAUUCACAACAUUUGUCAGUUCGUUCACAUACCAAAUCUGAUUUUAUACAUAAUGCUGACUUACUAAACAGUUACUUCUAUAUUGCCAAGAGUUUUUGGUUUUGCUGUGUGUGCGCUGAUGAUUGUGUCUGUAAAUGCGCUUGGCUUCUGAUUAUGUUUUGUAUUUACGUCACCUGGUGCUGCACUAGCGUCAGUUUUUAUUUUUUAACGUGAUUUAAUAAAUGUUGUACAUAACAUAAAAUAAAAAAAAAUGUAAUCAAUGACUUUAAAGACUGAAUGAAAAGUGUAUUGCAUUUCUCAUCAAUCCAUGUAACUGACGGCAGAAAAACAUCCUUGGGCAGGGGCUGGGAACCUUUUUAGCAGAGAGCCACAUAUUUUAAAAUGUAUUUCCAUGAGAGCCAUAAAAAACAGUUCAUUACACACCACUUAAAAAAAAACCUAACUUAUCGUAUGGUCAUUAAAUGCAACACCCCUGGGGAUUAGAGUUGUGCACCCCAGGGAGUAGCAGUCGGCUCUGCUGUCCUUAUGGUAGCUGCACAUUAGGAGGUCCAUUUAUUUACUUUAAUUUUAUCAUUAACUUUUUUUUAUAUUUUCAGCACGUGAUAUGUGUGUUGCUACAAAGUGGACUGACUUUGUUUUCAUUUUUUAUGCCAGAAAUAAAAGAUGAGAUACC